AUGGGCUCCAUACCCCAAUCUAGUCUUCCGUCUGACUUUGUCUGGGGGUUUGCAACAGCUAGUUACCAGAUUGAAGGCGCUGCGAACGAAGAUGGUCGCCUGCCUUCCAUCUGGGAUACAUUUUCAAAAAUCCCCGGCAAGGUCGCAGGCGGCGGGACCGGCGAGGUGGCCUGCGAUUCGUACCACCGCACCCAUGAGGACAUUGCGCUGUUGAAGACUUGCGGUGCAAUGGCGUAUCGGUUUUCACUGUCAUGGUCGCGAAUCAUCCCCCUCGGCGGCCGCAACGACCCCGUUAACGAAGCAGGCCUGCGACAUUACCAGACAUUCAUCGACGACCUGAUCGCAGCCGGGAUCAUGCCGAUGAUCACCCUCUACCACUGGGAUCUCCCCGAGGAGCUACAGAAGCGCUACGGCGGCCUCCUUAACAAGGACGAAUUCGUUGCUGAUUAUGCACGCUACGCUCGCGUAGUGUUCGAAGCCUUCGGUUCGAAAGUCAAGCACUGGAUUACCUUCAACGAGCCCUGGUGUAGCAGCGUGCUCGGAUAUAACCUCGGCGAGCAUGCCCCCGGCCGGACAAGUAAUCGAGCCAAGAACCCUGUCGGUGAUGGCUCGACUGAGCCGUGGAUUGUCGGGCAUAAUAUCCUCGUUGCGCAUGGGACUGCUGUGAAGAUAUAUCGGGAUGAGUUCAAGGCGCGGGAUGGUGGUGAAAUUGGCAUUACGCUGAAUGGCGACUGGGCUGAGCCAUGGGACCCUGAGAACCCAGCCGACGUCGAAGCGUGCGACCGCAAGAUCGAGUUCGCCAUCUCCUGGUUCGCCGAUCCCAUCUACCACGGCAAAUACCCUGACAGCAUGACCCGACAACUCGGCUCCCGCCUGCCGAGCUGGACACCCAAGGACCUCGCCCUCGUGCACGGUAGCAAUGACUUCUACGGAAUGAACCACUAUUGUGCGAACUACAUCCGGGCCCGAACAGGGGAGCCCGAUCCCACCGAUGUGGCGGGAAACCUGGAGCUGCUGCUCGAGGACAAGAACGGGCACAGCAUCGGGCCCAUCACUCAGUCGCCGUGGCUGCGGCCGUGCGCCAUCGGGUUCCGCAAGCUGCUCAAGUGGCUCAGUGACCGCUAUGGAUAUCCCAAGAUUUAUGUCACGGAGAACGGAACGAGUAUUCUCGGCGAAAACGAUUUGCCGAUUGACCAGUUGCUCGAGGAUGAUUUCCGCGUGCAGUAUUUCAGGGAUUAUAUCGGAGCCAUGGCUGAUGCAUAUACCCUGGACGGGGUCAAUGUGCGGGCAUAUAUGGCGUGGAGUUUGAUGGAUAACUUCGAAUGGGCUGAGGGCUAUGAGACUCGCUUUGGCGUCACGUAUAUCGACUACGAGAAAGACCAGAAGAGAGUCCCCAAGAAGAGUGCCAAGGCCAUUGGACAGAUUUUUGAUAGGCUUAUUGAGAAGAAGGCCUGA